AUGUCAUCCCCUCGGGGCGACGAUGGAAAGUGGACUGACUCGGAGGCGAGCAGUGAAAGUACUCUGCUGCUGCUGAUCGUAUGCUUCCUGGCCGUGGCGAACUCCAGUCCCCUCUUCGGGAUUCUCUUCCCCAACUGGGGCACGGGCAAUCAGCUGCAACGGACCUGGGGCGGGCCUUUGAAACCGCUGAAAGGUCUUCACCCGGCUUACCAAAAGAUCGAGUAUCGGGCACCUUACUAUGACAAACACGGUUACGGCAGAAUCCUUUAUGGAUAUGGUGGAAGGAACGUGUACAAAUACACCGAAUUUACCCCCAUCGAGGGCUUCUACAGAUAGAGCCAGCGAGGCAGCCGAUUCCAGGAAGCGUGACCAGUCUGCCAUUUUAAAUUUUUACUUGAAGGGGUCCGCGCUUAUUUCGUGUCUGUGAUAUUGUGCUUCCUUGUCUUUUUUCGGGGGAGAAACGCGUGCAUCUUUUCGCGCAUGUCGAUGUGCCCAUUCCAUGUUGCUCAGCCUCGCUCUAUUUGUUAUUCCUUCCAUCGUUGACCUAUUGUUUUCGAGACUAAAUCGGGACUUGCGUAUUAUUUUUCGCCUUAUUUUUCUCGUGUCCAUGUAUUCGUAAUAGAAUUGAGAACAUGAA